AUGAAGAUUUUACUUUUAUUGGCGACUGUGGUCGUUGCGGCCCAGGCCGUUUCUUUUUUCGACCUGGUUUUGGAAGAAUGGGCUACAUAUAAGGUAGAACACAAAAAAACCUAUGAAAGCGACACGGAAGAAAAGUUCCGUAUGAAAAUCUUUAUGGAGAACCGACACAAGGUCGCGAAACACAAUGCCAAAUACGAACUCGGUUUAGUUUCCUACAAGUUGAAGAUCAACAAAUACAGUGAUAUGCUUCAUCACGAAUUCGUUCACACUUUCAACGGUUUCAACAAAACCACAAAGAGAAAUUUGGGAGCUGUUGAGAAGCUUGUUGGUGCCACUUUCAUCGAACCAGCCAAUGUUGUUUUGCCAGAAAGUGUCGAUUGGCGAAAAGAAGGUCUUGUGACUCCAGUCAAAGAUCAAGGUCACUGCGGUUCCUGCUGGGCAUUUUCCACCACUGGAGCUUUGGAAGGGCAACAUUUCAGAAAGACGGGAGUCCUCGUUUCCCUGAGUGAGCAAAAUUUGGUGGAUUGCUCGGGAAAGUAUGGAAACAAUGGUUGCGAAGGUGGUCUCAUGGAUCAAGCAUUCCAUUAUAUUAAAGAUAACAAAGGUCUAGACACUGAGAAAACAUAUCCGUAUGAAGCUGAAGACGAUAAGUGCAGAUACAAUCCACGCAACAGUGGUGCCACUGAUAAGGGCUUUGUUGACAUUCCACAAGGAGAUGAGAAAAAAUUGAAGGCUGCCGUUGCCACCAUGGGACCCGUGUCAAUAGCCAUUGAUGCCUCGCACGAGACUUUCCAGCUCUACUCUGAAGGAGUGUAUUAUGACGAAGAGUGCUCGUCAGACCAAUUAGAUCACGGAGUUUUGGUUGUCGGUUACGGCACUGAUGAAGAUAAGGAUGGGAAUCCCCAAGAUUACUGGAUUGUGAAAAACAGUUGGGGCGAAACUUGGGGAGACAAAGGGUACAUAAAAAUGGCGAGAAACAAGGAUAAUAAUUGUGGUAUCGCUUCCUCUGCCAGUUAUCCUCUUGUUUAACUGGAAAUAAUAAUUUCAGAGUGCAUUUCAUGACUUCCGUAAUUGUAAAUAGCUCAAACCCUGGCUGAGAUUUUUGCGUAAAUCUAUUAUUUGUUCAUGUUAAUAGAAGAAGAAAAAACUUGGGUCUUGACGCUCGUAUGUGAUAUUUAUGAGUUGAGCAGCUUUUUUUUGUAAUUGAGUUGAGAGAAUUCAUUUUUAAUUUUUAUAUUUCAAUCAAAUUUUAAUUAUAGGAGUGAUAGUCAUCCCAUGUAUUUUGUAUUUCCUAUAGAAAAUUAAAAAAUGUCUUUUCGUAA